AACCCACAGCACUGAAAAAAAGAAGUCCUAUCAAAAAUGAAUUUACUGCUUUCUCAUGUUCUUGUUUGCCCGCUCCGUCCUGUGGAGCGUUUCCGUGACCUGCACCCUGAAGAAAUAUCGGAUUUAUUUCUCACAGCACAGAGAGUUGGCAAUGUGGUGGAACAACAUUUUGGUGGGACAUCCCUUACUAUUUCAGUCCAGGAUGGUCCCGAAGCUGGACAGACUGUGAAGCACGUCCACGUCCACAUACUCCCAAGGAAGUCUGGAGAUUUCAGCAGAAAUGACAACAUCUAUGAAGAGCUUCAGCAACAUGACAAAGAGGCAGAGGAGACGCCUAGCAAGUGGAGAUCAGAGGAUGAAAUGGCUGCUGAAGCAGCAAGCCUCAAGAAGUUUUUUCAAUGAAAGAAGAGGCAAAAAAAAGUACCUUCAAUGAAUUCUGAAGUAUGA